AUGUUUUUGAUUGUGACGAGUAACUGUGCAUCAAAAAAGCCACCGCAUCGUUAUAGUUAUUUAAUUAAAAGUGAUAGUAGUGUACAAAUACAAUCACCAAUAUCACAGUUGAACAACAAAGCAGCGCUUACAAAACGUUCACUACUUCCACGUAAACAUCAAACACAUCAAUCGAAACCGCGAAAACGUCGACAUACUCAAACAGAACAUCGUAAUCGUUACCAAUAUCGUAAAUUAAUGAAUUAA